CUCACUAGUGACAAGUAGCCAAGUAGCCAAUUAUCCAGGUCUCUCCGGAACGCCACGUUCGAGAGACGACACAAGAAUUCGUUACCAAACUCCAUACACAGGCCACCUUUCCCCUCUCUCUCUCUCUCUCUCUCUCUCUCUCUCCUCCCCGUCGCUCCUCCUCUCUCCCUUUCCUAUUUAUUUCUCCUCCUGCGCCUGAAAUUUCAGUUCUUCCCUUCCUAUCAGUGCUUCACUUCACAAGAAUCCCAGAGAGAGAGGGACACUUGAAAAAUGGGGGAUGAAAGGGGUUCCUUACACGUGUCAGACAGCAACGGUCUUGAUCAUCGUGAGAUCGAUGAUCAGAGCCGUACGCUGGACAUAUACCCUCUCAGCAGCUACUACUUCGCUUCCAAGGAAGCCAUUCCUGUCAAGGUCGAAGCUCCGGCCGAUCGUCUUCACAGAUUAAAGUCCAAUUAUGCUGCUUAUGGAUUGAGGACUUGUGUGGAAGCGGUUAUUCUGGUUGAGUUGUUCAAACAUCCUCAUGUGCUGCUCUUGCAAAUAAGAAACUGCAUUUUUAAGCUGCCCGGGGGCCGCCUAAGACCCGGCGAAUCAGAGAUCGACGGAUUGAAACGUAAGCUGUCGAGGAAGCUAUGUAUCAAUGCUGAUGGUGAUGGGAUUCCUUGGGAGGUUGGGGAAUGUCUUGGGGCAUGGUGGAGGCACGACUUCGAAUCAUUGCUCUGCCGGGACUUGCCAACCAGAGUUGAAAGCCCAAAGGAGUGCACAAAACUCUACAUUGUGCAGUUACCAGAUUGUCGGAAGUUCAUUGCGCCAAAAAACCAAAAACUGCUUGCUAUUCCCUUGUGCCAGAUCGCCAAAAACAACGAGACGUAUGGACCUAUAAUAUCAGGUGUUCCAGAGAUGCUAUCAAAGUUUACCAUCAACAUUGUAGAAGAUUAAAACCAAUUUGAUCGCCGUUGUAGAAUAUGCCGUGUGGUUUGCAGAUGAGGAUUAGCAGUAAAAAUGUGCUUUGGGGCAAGUUGUUCCUUGGCAGCUAUCUCUCUGUAAAUUUUGACAACCGUUUGUGUAAUGUACAUAGCGUGUAGAUUUUGUGUGUAGAUUUCUUUUGUAACUUCUAUGUCCGACGCUAUAGUUUUCAAUAAGGUCGGAACAUGGCUACAAUGUCAGCUCUCUUAGAGAAUUAAAAGAAAAAACUGUUUAUGGAA